AUGAUGAAGUUUUUGACAAUUCUCGUCUGUUUUCUGUUAUCAUCUGCACAUAGCGAGGAAGGCCAUUGUGUUUGGUAUGGUCAAUGUGGAGUUAAUCCAUUGGGCAAAGUUACGAAUUGCUACUAUAAUGGUACGGCAAAACAAUUGACGGACCAAGUGGCAUUAGAACAGUUGCGAUCUGCCUGUGGAAUGAUAUAUAAUGGUCCAAAUGAUACAUUCACUUGUUGCGGUCCUGAUCAAAUCGAAACAUUAUCAAGCCAAUUCGGCUUGGCAAAAAUGAUGCUUGGACGUUGUCCAUCGUGUUUCUACAGUUUUCGUUCGCUAUUCUGCAGCAUGUCAUGCAGUUCAGACCAUAGUCGUUUCAUUCAAGUCACUCAAAUGGGCAAUAGCUCACUCUAUCCUGGCCGUCAGACUGUAGAAGAAAUUCACUAUAGAAUUGCGGAUGAUUUUGCUGAACGGAUACUUUCUUCAUGCCGUGAUGUAUUAUAUCCAGGUGGUAAUCAACAUUCACUUGAUACGAUGUGUGGUCGACCUUAUGAUAAAUGUACUAAAGAAGACCUAAUGAGAUAUUUAGGUAUUGAUAAUCCAGCAGUCCCAUUUCCAAUCUAUAUUGAAUUUUAUAAUGAUACCAGCGAGCAAGAGACAUACUACAAUCAAACUACAUUCUCAUGCGAUGAACCGGUCAUUACACGAUAUGAAAAUAAAACUGCCUGUAGCUGUUUGGAUUGUGCAAAAUCAUGUAGUCCACUACCGCCUAUUGUUCCAGAUAAGGAAUUCUUAAUUGGUAAUCUCGAUGGGUGGUUGGUGAUUGCUUUAAUUGUUAUCGCUGUUAUAUUAUUGAUCUUCUUCACUUCGACAUUCACUGUAGCGAAAUUGAAGAAACAACGUCAGGAUCCCUAUCGAUCAACAGAUGUGACUCCACUAGUUUCAGGAUCAACGCAAAACGAAUCUACUGGACGUUUGUGCAACAUCCAAAAGCGAACUGAACUAUUCCUUGAGCAAAUAUUCUAUCGACUAGGUCUCUUCUGUGCUCGGCGCCCUUACUUUGUUUUAAUCGUUGGUUUAGUUAUCAUCACUGGUCUGUCCUGCGGAUUAAUUAAAUUCAAAGUCACUACCGAUCCUGUACAACUAUGGUCAGCUAAAUCAAGCAUCGCGCGACAACAAAAGGAUUUUUUCGAUCAACACUUCAGACCAUUCUAUCGAACUGCUCAGCUAAUUAUUGUUCCACACGAUCAAUCAUUCGUCACCCAUACAUAUCUAUCACCUCCGGCGCCAUUCAAUGAAUAUACAUUUGGUCCUGCUUUUGAAUUGCAAUUCCUGUCUGAUGUACUAAAUCUUCAAACGGAAAUUCUCGCACUCACGACAGGAUCAAACACGACCAACCAAACAAUUUCACUGUCCGACAUUUGUUUGAAACCAUUGGCACCGGAUAAUGAAAACUGUACUGUCUUCUCACUUUUACAAUACUAUCAGAAUUCGAAGGAAAACUUGUACAAACGGAUAGGUGAUGACUUCUUUACCUAUUUCGAUUAUACCACACACUUCUUGACUUGUUCACAAGCACCUACGACUACACGAGAUGACCCGCUAGGUUUGUCGUGUUUCGCUGAUUUCGGUGGAACAAUCAAUCCAUUCAUGGUGCUUGGAAAUUAUUCAAAUGAAGUUUAUGCAAACGCUACAGCACUUGUCAUCACAAUCGUGAUUGAAAACUCCAAUGAUCCUGAAAAAAUUCAGAUGGCUGAAGACUGGGAAGCGGUUUUCCUUGAUUAUAUGAAAAACUUUACCGAAACUCAAAAGUCAUUACGUGAAUCUGGUCGCUCACGCGAAGCUGCUAACUUUACUGUUUAUUACAGUGCUGAACGUUCAAUUCAAGAUGAACUGGAUCGUCAGAGCCGCUCGGAUAUUCUAACCAUAGCGAUUUCGUACACCAUUAUGUUUCUCUAUGUGACAUUGACUCUAGGUCAUAUUCGUUCAUGGCGAACAUGUCUAAUCGAUUUGAAAAUCACAGUUGGAUUUGUCGGUGUUCUUUUUGUUCUACUCUCAGUGAUGAGCUCAGUUGGAUUUUACUCCUACUGUGGUGUAGCUGGUACGUUGAUCAUCUUCGAAGUCAUACCAUUCCUGGUAUUAGCUGUCGGUGUUGACAAUAUAUUCAUUAUUGUCCAACAUUUUGAAAAAACGAAAGAAGAAGAAGCUGAAGGAAAAUCGUCGCCGGUAGACAUAAGACUGGCGAAGACGAUUAGUCGUGUUGGCCCAUCGAUACUGUUAACAGCAACAAGUGAAUCGAUCGCUUUCUUACUCGGAGCAUUGACACCGAUGCCAGCAGUACAGAUCUUUUCGUUGUAUGCAUUCAUGGCCGUGUUCAUUGACUUCUUCUUGCAAAUAACCUGUUUUGUAUCUGUGUUAGCAAUCGAUGGUCGACGACAAGAUUCAGAUCGUCCAGAUCUAUGCUGCUGUGUUCAAGUGAAUAUGAAAGAAAAAUCGACUGAAAACAAACCGAAACGACUUUUACAACAAAUAUUUACGAAAAUAGUCACUCCAGUCAUACUUGGCCAUUCGAUUGUACGUGCUAUUAUCUUUACAGUAUUCAUCAUCACAACUUGUUUAUCGGCUGCGGUUAUACAUAGAAUCCCGAUUGGCCUGGAUCAAAAAUUAUCGAUGCCGAAAGAUUCGUAUGUUCUCGAUUAUUUUUACGGUCUCGAAAACUAUUUAAGCGUUGGUCCACCUGUUUACUUUGUCGUCAAUCAAGAUGCUCUUGAUUAUAAACGUAUUUCUGAUCAAGAUCUACUCUGUGGUACAUCCGGUUGUUCGCCUAUCUCAUUGCUCGGCCAAAUCGGGCAAUCACUACGACAACCCGAACGGUAUUACCUCGCUCAACCGCCAUCAUCAUGGCUAGAUGACUACUUCGACUGGUUGCAAUCUACAAAUAAUCCGCCAUGCUGUCGAAUUCAUAAUCAAACAAAGGAGUUCUGUCCGGCAACAUUGGAUGAUCCUUCGUGUACACAUUGUCCAGUCACAUUUAUCGAUAAUCAACGUCCAUCGCCUGAUGAUUUUCCUCGUUACAUUAACUUUUUCCUACAUGAUAAUCCGGGAGAAAAGUGUCCUAAAGGUGGCCAUGCAGCAUAUAAAGAUGCAGUGCAGUUGAUAGCAAAUUCGACAGUGAAAAGUUCAUAUUUCAUGGGCUUUCAUUCCGUACUGAAAACAUCAGCGGAUUUUAUAAAUGCAAUGAAAAGCGCAAAUGAAAUCGCUAAGAAUAUUUCGAAAACGAUCUUGAGUAAUCAAAGUAAAACAUUCACAGAAUCCAAUCAACUUCAAGACUAUCCCGUUUUCCCUUAUAGUAUCUUCUACGUAUUUUACGAUCAAUAUUUAACCAUUUGGCGUAAUCUAAUUAUCAAUCUCUCAUCCUCUUUUGUCGCCGUUUUUCUUGUCACAUGCAUACUAUUGGGUUUCGACAUUCACACCUCGUUUCUUAUUAUUCUCUGCGUAUUCAUGAUCGUUAUCGAUAUGUUUGGCGUCAUGUAUUUAUGGCACAUUGAAUUGAAUGCUAUUUCCGUUGUCAACAUUGUCAUGUCGGUCGGUAUCGCAGUGGAAUUUUGUGCACAUGUAGCUCGGUAUUUUGCCGUUACACGAGGUCGCAAUCGGUUAGACCGUGCGAAAGUCGCACUAGCAGAAAUGGGUAGUUCGGUAUUCAGCGGCAUAACAUUGACAAAAGUCGGUGGCGUUGUCGUGCUUGCUUUUGCUAAGUCACAACUCUUUCAAGUAUUCUACUUUCGCAUGUAUUUCUCUUUGGUAAUUAUUGGCGCACUGCAUGGCCUCAUUUUCCUACCAGUUUUGCUGAGUUAUUGUGGCUCGUCAUUGUCAGCGCGGGCUGAUGAGAAAAGGCAGGAGCACCACCGGGACACAAUUGCUGAUAUUGUCACGCCCGGAAAUCUGGUUGAUGGAAAUGAAAAUUCUUUUCAAUCGAUUCUCGAAUGUCAGAUAGAUUUUCUUCCUGUUUUCUGUUAUGUUCAGACAAUACAUGAAAUAAAACACUUGAAAAAACUGCUAGAAGAUUUUAUCUUACCGCUUGAAGUCGUUCUAUUAUUGAUGACAAGCCAGUGUGAUCAGAGUACUGGUUUUUGUUCUUUAUUGCGAAUAGUAGAUGUUCCUAAUGGUACGGUUGUUGAAAGAAAAUUCUAUCUUUUAAAGUACAUCAUCAACAGCGAAAUUCGUCCAAAAAUCGAGAGAUAUUCUGAACAAUUUACUCUAGUGCAGCAGCAAUUUCAAGAAUGGUCACCAUUUGAUCAGCUGUGUGCUGUUAUCGAAUUAACACGCACAUUUCAACUCUCCUACCGUCAUUUUCUUUCACAAUUAUGUCAAUCUCAAAUCUUGAGUGAAAACAAUGAUAUAUUCAAACACAUCGUCGAUGAUGCCAAUGCACCAGACAUCGUUAAUUGUUUAUUAUCGAACUCAUUAGAUAAAAUCAUAUUUACACUGCAACUCUAUUUACCUUUAAUAUCAACAACAAUCAUCAACGAGAAAUUACUCGAUGCCUAUCGUAAAGUUCUCAUGGCAUUGGAUUCGAAUCUGAGCAAUCCAGCAAAUUUCACCCAUAAUGAACAACAAGUGAUCCUGUUUUGCCAACAAAUUCUGUUUUUCCUUCAAAACAAUCCUGUUUUAACACGUCUGACGAUUCAUCUGCCAAAAUUGACACAACUUGUUCAAACAAAACAAUUUCAACCUGAUGCACAAAAGUCAUCUCAAUUACCGUUACAACGUUUCUCUGCUGUCCGAUCACAACCUUCGUCGGCACGAACGAACAUGUCAGGAGAAAUUCAUGAAAGUAUCAGUCAACAAAUGAAUCGUCUUGAAGGGAAUGAUAGUGGGGUUGAUUUGACCGAAUCUUCAGUACCACAUACGCGUCAAAGUUUCCUAUCUGCGCGUUCAGUCCUGGAUCGAACAACAAAUAAACACACGUUCGUCGGUAAAACAACAUCGUCACCUAUACCAGAACAUGGAAGUUUGAACACGCCAGCCCGUGUACCAUUGAAAGGUGUUCUGAGUGCACCAUCGACAACGUUUUACUCCGAUGUUCGACAAAAGAAUUCAAAUUAUCAACAACUAAAACACAGAUCGACGUUAGCCAAAAGUGACGAAGACGAACAAGAAUCUCAAACACAAACAACUGAAGCAACAACCGAAGAGAAUUCGAAUCAUGUGGACAGCUCGAGACCAUUGGGCCAAUUCUGUUCAUUACGUUAUCGAAAUGGCAAGAGCAACCAACAAUGCCAAGAUGUUUCACAGUACUUAGGUGUCGAUGCGCAUGCCACUUCAGUACGCAAUACGUUUCUUCAGUCAAAUUCUGGCAUGAAAGACGUUCCUAAAUGGUUGAAAAACCUUCGUCUUCAUAAAUACGAUGUUGUCUUUUCUCAAAUUACCUACGACCAAAUGAUGAAUCUAACCAUGGAACAAUUAAAAGAGCUUGGCAUAACAGAUGGUGCAUGUUCGAAAAUCAUACUGAAUAUUAAAAAAUUAAAAGAACGCUCCAUCGCAUUGAAACAGUGCAGUGUUGACCUUGAUAAUCGACAAAUUGAGUUAUCAAAUGCAAUCUUACAAUUGGCAGAAGUUCUGUCAACGCCCAUACGUUCAAAACAACUGGAGUUAGACAACAACAGCAACGAAGACAUACCGACAUUAAUCAUGGAAAUUCUCGAGAAAUGUAAUCAACAAUUAACACCAACUACGUCAUCAGAUAUCUGCAAUAGUCUACUUGGCCUAUUCGAUCGAUGUUAUCGACAUGAAGCAUUCGUUGAUGCUCAACGCUAUGUUCUUUUACAAUGGCGUGGACGCCUUUCAUCCAUGCUUCAAUCUAUUGGCAAAAUCGAAUUUAAAAAAAUUCAAGCCGUGUAUAGUCAUAACCAACAGCGUCGUGAGGGGAAACCGCCCAUUCGUCCGAUGAAAAGUGCUACAGGACCGUAUCAGCAAACUCAUGGAUCAACUUCAAUUCCGUUAAAUAAACACAGUUCUGAACCUCAAAGCAAUAGUUUAAUGGAUACGAAUUUCACCCGUCGGCCAAACAAAUCGCCGACGCAGAUGUAUCCAACAGUCGAAGAAUCAAUUGAUAGUGUACAUCUUCAAACCUCAUUCACUUGUUUAACAUCCACACUGCAACGUAACAGUGGAGCGUAUUUAGCUAACAAUCAACAUCAGACGCUAACUCGCAAAGCGAGUAUUGAUCCACAUGGUGAAACAAAUUCAAACAACCGAACGAAAUUAUGUAAGACAUUCAGUGAUCCAAAUCGUAUACGAUUUAAUAAUCCAUCACAAUUGUCGCACUUUCAAUCAUCAACAGGACGACCUCAACAGCAAAGUCCGCCUACAAGUUUGUUUCAAAUGACUUCAACUCCAUAUUCUCAACAACAGCGGCAGUUCGUCUCUCGAUCACCACCUUCCUCAUCGACUGAUACAUCAACAUCACCUAUCAAGGAAUGUUGUCCGGAUGAUGAACACACAGAUUAUUUUGGACAUCGUGACAAUAUGAUCUCGAUGUCGAAUAUCAGUGAAGCAAAUGAUCUAGAAAAUACAGAUGAACAGCGACAAAAGCAUACGGAAAUGGAAUCAUUUUGUCGUGAAAUAACUGAAUGUGCUAUUGAUGAAAAUGUUUGUGACUCGUCAAUUGAUCAUCCCGAAGCUGUUUCAAAUCUGAAACCGGCUUCAAAUCAUUCAACAGAUACGGAACAGUGA